ACUUAUAGUCCGAAAAUUACGGUAUUUGAAAGGAUUCAUGUUCAAAGUCAAAACAUCUUAUCACAAGUUGUGUUCCUUCUUGUAUGCUGCGUGCACUCUCGUAGUUAAGCGUAAAGUGAGAAAAAAAAAAACGAAGAGCAGCACAUCAGCUCUGGAAGGUGGCCCCCGCUAAUAUGUUGCCAUAGUGACGCUCAGGAAUAGGUUGGGUUUCCUUGACGACGAGGGUACGGUACUGUACACUUUUCAGCAUUGGUUGCUCUCUCCUUGCAUGAUGUAUUUCUGAGAGUCAUUCCACCCGACAACUCGGGCGGGCACACAUUAGGGUUCACAGUGACGCUCUUUUAACUUUGCUGUCAUUCGUUGGCCUCAGUCUGUUUGUUCUGUUGUCUGGAAUCGUUUUGUCCAAUUGGCAGCUGGCCACGACUGGCACAUUGGCUAAUUCCUCUACUCUCUGAGGCAAAAACAAAAUAUAUGUUUGAUAAAUUACUAUAUGCUGGCUUGGAACCAAUUUGAUGUGGUGGCUGUGGCUGGUGUGUUUUCCAAAGCACAUGGUGAGAGAUUGUUCUGGGCUUGACUGCCGUGUGGUCAAUGACCUCUCACCUCGCUUGCUUUUCGAGGCAUCCCGCCAGUGAUCAGACAGCCGGGCCAGCUAUGACACACACACAGCUUGAUUGACAGCUACAAAGUAGCCACAAUGUGUGUGUACCCCCCCCUCGCCAUCCCCGUCACUCAUCUGUCUCACAACAAUGCUGGAUUGUUGCGGCCGAUGGAUCAGAGCGUCUCGUCGCUAUUGAGUUGCAACACGUGUUGGGCGGCUGCACUCUCUUGACUAAUUGAAAAUGCAGGAUUAAAGGGAGGCAGGAAUGUGCACCGGUGAACAUGACUCCUUCUGACAUGAGCAACAGUCGGAUGGAUCCUGUGGAAGAUGAUAGCCUCAUGCGGGCAGCAGCAUCAUAAGAAUGGAAACAAUUCUGAGAGCAAAUAUUUGAGAUGAUUGAAAUAAAUGCGAGAGUAUUUUAGAGCAGUCUACACGACCAGAAUAUUUCCGCUUGCUUCACUGCAGUGUUGAUCAGGCGUGAAAUCUCAUGGCUCAAGUCCUAAAUUCAAACGAUUGUUUUAUCACCUCAAAGACUCUUUAUGAAGAGGAACAAAUGACAUCCUGUUAAUUGUGGUUGGGCUCAUCCUGGGGCUUUUCUGUCUUCAUCUUUAUCCGUCUAAUCUGAAGUAAAAGAGCACUGAUCACGAUGUUUAGGCUUUCCUAAGAGGCGGUUAAGGUGAGUAAUUGUUUCUUUCAGAGAGCGUCUGACCUCCUGAAUGCUUUCUCUGUGCUCAUUACUUUCCCUGAUGAUCUUAAUCCCCUGUCUGAAGUCGGGCCCGUCACAUGCACCAAAGGAUCGGCGAGGUCACAGAUCAAACCAUCCCCCCCCCACCGCUCACCCCUAAAAUCACGGCCUCCUCUACAUCUCUCGCUUCUAUGCCUUCUUCUUCUCGUGCCUUGUGAUUACAAAGCCACCCCUUCAUCAACGCUCCCUUGUGUUCUUGUUUUGUUUUUCUCCUGUAGCGUUCCGCUGUUUCUCUUCUUGAGCUGGCCACGUACAAGCGCUUCCUUACCGUAACCAUGACGAUUAUCAAUUAAACUAUGAUCUCAAAUUUGACAUCCUCUGGAUCACGACAUCUCUUUUUCGAUCUGCUUACUGUCUCAGCGGGAGAAAAAAUAACGGCGGAAAAUCUGUCACCCAUUAGACCUCCGAGGUCGCCGCCUUGGUCUGAUAAGGAGAUUUACUGGUCGUCCAAACGUCUGCUAGCGUUUCUCGCACUUUAAUUAAAUUCUUGCGGCAGACUAAAGAUUGGCAUGAGUGUAAAAAUUCUUCACAAGAAGUAGCUCUCGUUAAUCACCAUUGAUUUUCAGCAGUUAAACCGUGGUUGUGUUAACCAUAAAAUCCAUCAUUCAGUGACCUCACUAGACCAGAACCGUUCCAUAGGUCGAAACAUUCCUGUUUAGGAAGAAGGCGUUCGAAAUUGAUGUGCUCGUGGCGCUUGCGUGCCUUAUUCAAGGGCACCUUGGCAGCAGUCAGAACCAGAAUCUCUCCGACAACUAGCUGCCAUUUAUUUUAUCUGCAGCCGGACAGCAACUGUGACCCUCCGGUUCCAAAGGCAGCCUUAAUGUGCCUUUGAAAUAUAUUUAUGUACGAUGUACGUGCCCAUCCCGUAGACUACCUGUGUCGAUAAUAUCUAUUUUUUUUUAAUGUCCUGCUUGAUUAUUCUUCUGACACGCACACAAAUUACCUUUUGUGGGAAUGUCACGGCAUUUGGAUAAUAGGCUGUAAAUAUUGUUUAUAGGACUUGUUCAUCAUUCACAUGUGACCUGUUGUUUUAUAGUCACAAAGGUUAGUUGGAUAUUUUACUAGCUCCAUUAUCAUAUUCAGCCAUUGUUAUUAUUAUUAGCUGUGAAUACACAACUGAACACAAACGCGUAGGAUGGUGUUGAUAUAUUUCAGAGCAGACACAUGAGAAUUACUGAGCUUGUCUCGGUCCAUGCAAACAUUCGAAGCAGUUGCAUGCUUUCACUUGGAUUAGAUAUUGGCUCGUUUAAUCACUCAGCAACCCUCUUUUUUUUUUUUUAUUUAGCAAACUUGAUUGACUACUCUUUGGAAAUGUGGUACCGUAAUUUUCGGACUAUAAGUCGCACCGGAGUAUAAGUCGCACCAGCCAUAAAAUGCCCAAAAAAGUGAAAAAAAACAUAUAUAUGUAUAUAAGUCGCUCCUGAGUAUAAGUCGCCCCCCCCACCCAAACUAUGAAAAAAAAACGCGACCUAUAGUCCGAAAAUUACGGUAAAUCUGCCCACUAGUUAGUGGUAGAAGCGUGGGGGUUAUACGGCAAAAACAUGAUGUCACUUCUGAGGUAUAAUGUUUGUGUAAAACGGUCAACAAAAAAACUAUUCAUUGUCAAUGCGCAUUUAUGUUUUUGACGGCCUUGGAGCUAAUCGCUCUUCGGUGAAUACAGCACACGGACAUAAUGGUUGUGUCAUUAUCGCUUGUUUUAGCGUUCAAUGAAGUUGUUGCGGUAGCUGGCGUUGCUUCUCGUCUAAAAUGCGAGCACAAAGCUGACAGCUGAAUUAUGCACAGCUCAGUGUUUCAGAGAAUACACACACGCCUACACACACACACUUGAGAAGAACUGCCAAUGCCUGAUCUUAUUCUCUCUCCUGGCAUUUCCAUUAGAGGGCUCGUGAGCAUCUCUUUUCCCGUCAUAUCCUCUUCAGAUUAGAAGGCUCAUGAAGGUAACUAAAAUAUGACCUAAAUCGAAUUUGGAGGAUGUCACCUAAUCUAUUUUUUUUAUGACAUUACCUUCCAUGUUCACAGAGCAAAGGUGUUUGCUUUUAAUUAGACAAAGCUGGCCAGUAUCACGUUCGGACAGUCUUAUAACCGUGAGUGAAAUGCUCUAAAAUGUGUCACUCUGAGAUGUUUGUGUUACUUUGGCUGAAGUGGUGUCUCAAAGAAAAAAAGGGGGCAACCGAUCUUGACUUUCUGCAGUUUUGAAACGGUGACUUUAUAGAACAAUGGUUUAUCUUAAAACCGGUAACUGUCAGGUUAGUCAUGAGCUGUGUUCUUGUUUUGACUUGUAUUUGGUUUUGCAUCAGAUUGUUUCAUUCUCAUCUGGUUCUUGGCUCGGGCUGCAAAUCGGGUCCACCUUUGGUCGUCAAGCCGCUCCCACGUCUUCCAAUCAGCUCCCUCAACCACUUCAUUUCCCCAAGUGUGCCUUGUUGUCUCGUCAGUUGGCUUGUAUUUAGGUCCCUGCCUCCUUUCAGUCUGUUUGACCAGUUGCUUCUGUGUGUCGUUCUUGUCAGUUGUCACCCAUGUUGAUGGAAGUUUCGUCUCAAUGCUUUUUUUAUUUAUUUGUGUCGAAAAUUUGGGAGCGUUUAGUUUGUUGGUGUUGUUUCUGUUCCGUAAUCAAUUCCACAAAAACGAAAUAAUUCAAAGGUGCAAAAUAUGUUCGUAAUAUUUCCACUUGCGGAUGAAGUCUAACUUGUUUGCCAUUUAGUCUACUUUCAGCUACUAAAUGGUUAAAAUGCCAAACUGCCAAAUGUGAUAAAUGAAUCUUGCACCUCCACAGACAUCAAGAUAUAGCAGUUUUUACGCCGAGCACCUUACGUCUACGAAAAUAGAUCCGUAGUCAUUAUGAAUUUUUAAGAUGGAGCCAGUUUUCCUUUUUCUUUCACUUUAUCAGUUUCUGAUCAUCCUGCUGUCUGGACAGUGUAUUAAGUAUAGGGUGGAACUGAAGAGACCUAAUUCCGUCUUUUUCUUUAUCAGUCACAGCCAUCGGUGUCCUAUGUCUACCACCUCAUCCCCUUCUGCGUACUUUUUCACCACAUCCUGUAAAGUCCACAAUGGGGAAAAAAAAAAAACCGCUUAUCGUGAUUGCGGAUGUUUAAGUUCAGCAACGUGGAGCUAUUAGAUAUUUCCACAAGGCUGACAGAAUUACUGAGGUCAGGUUAUGCAAAUUCCACAGAUGUGCAGUCAUUAAUCUUGUGCUUUGUGGACAAAGAUGAUUAUUUAUUUAUACCUUUCGUAAAAUGUGAGGCAAACGACCGCUUGGCUCACUGGUGUUUGAAUUUGUCGUGAAUUGAAUAUUUAUUGGUUUUGUGCUAUUACUGACUCCUCGGUUAUUGUUGUAUGCAGUGCCUGUAUAACAAAUCCAAUCUUAAUCCGAAACCAUUUAAGCCUGAGCAUAUGCUGGCAUGCAUAAACAAUAACACUCAUUUAUCUUGUUCUAUUUAAUCCAACCACCGGUGCCAGUUUAGCACAAUAAAAAGCAUUUUGUUCGUUUAAUUGAAAAAGCAAAUGAAAGGUGGUUAAAAUUGGUAUCUGGAAAUACAGAUAAAUGUGUGAGGUGACUAUCACUGUCUAAAGCUAUUAAUUAGUGAUGUGUUUUUUUUAGCUGCAAAAUCAAACAUCGAUGAGGUUAAAAUAUGUAUUUAAAAAAAAAUCCAUCCCAUUUAUCAUGUCCACAUUUAUCAACGCUGAUUUGCAUCCUACUUUUUGCUCAACAUAAAAGACGAGAUUUCCAACCAAGACCGAGUGUUGUGAAAUCAUACAAAGAUGAGCGCCACAUGAUCCCACAGUCAAAGCAAAGCCAUGGCUACUAAACCAGGCCCAGUGGGACACUGACCCAAGAGCCAACAUGACUUUGAAUGAUCCGGAUCAAAUGCUCCGGAGAACCACAACACCGUAGAAAACUUUUAAUGCGCUCAAGUGUAAAGUGUUAAUGUUUCGGAUAACUCCCCAUGCUACGUUUUUUUCUUUAUUAUUGUUUGGUCUCUCCUACUGAGAUAAAAAUCCUCUUUGAUACCGAGUCGGCGUCUAGACCAGUAAUGAAUAAAACCUGCCGUGAAUGAGCAGCAGCAUGUUUGUUUAACCUGCGCAGCAUGGACCAAAAAGGUCUUGUCACCGGAGAAAUCUGUAAAUAUACGAAGCAGUCUCCGAAUGAAAUGUCUGAGCACAAUAAAGGACAGCGUGGACUUAAUUCACCCGCCGUUUGUUCUUGAAAAGAUCCUCACUUGACUUUCUUUGUCCGUCCUGUUUUGCUGCAGAUUACUCUUUAAUAUGGACAUUUUUGUGCAGCUGUAGCGUAACACCCUUAGCGCACUUGUUCAUAUCAGAGCCUUGUCUCCGUUCCAAAUGGGAUCAUCUCAGUGUGAAAGAAAGAUUAGUCGGACGAGAGCGCCAGCUACGACUCUCCGCUGAUCCCAGCCCCGGGCGUUAACAGUACCACUAAUGUGAGCAUCGAAUUGCUUUUCAUGGUGCACUGGAUGAAAGUUUUAGCCGUGCACCCGCACAAGCGAGUCCUCCACUAAUAAAGAAUGAUUGCAAAAUUCACACCGAUACCUUAUAGUUUGCCCUUGGCAACUUUUUGUCGGUCCUAAGUGAAUUAUUGUAAGAUUGCUGUCCAAAAAAUGUUUUAUCUUCCCAUCCCUACAAAUCCAUUCUUGCAAUUGAUUGGCUAAAGAAUACAUUAAAACCAUCCAUCCUGUAUGAUUGUAGGGAUAUUCUUAACAUGACCAAAAUCUUCACAUCCCCAUCCAUUGCUAUGAAUUCAAACAUGAUUAGGAAUCGUUGCGGUUGUCUCUACUGCACAUUUAUCUCUGGUUGGCAAAAUAGCAACGUGGGGAAACCGCAGGACCGAUGCCAGGGCUGGCUUAUGCAGCCAGACGAGUCGUCCCCACUCAUGGAGUCGGACAGUGUGUCACAACACGUUGAAUGCUCCACUGGGUGAAGUUUGACUGGAGAGCUCCAACAGCAAUAUUUAUCUGAUUUAUUUGGUUCCCCUGGCUUUAGAUUCAUGUUGAUAGAAAAUGGACAGAGAAUGGAUUGUUUGUUUUUGAUGGAUUACUGUGGUAGAAUCUACAAUCCACCGUGUGGGCCUAUUUUAUUUUCCGAGUAAACACUAACAGGGAAGAGGUCCAUACAUGUUCUCUAAACCAUUGGCAGAGUUAUGAACUGUAAGCUGAGAAAGCACAAUGGCUUCAAGAUCAAAUAGAAAAACUACUAUUAUAAAAAGGUACAUUUUUGCGUCAUAAUAAGAGGAUUUCAAACAAUACUUGUAAUGUUGUGGAUUUGUGGUUGGAGUCCAACAGUGUUGGGGCACUUUGCUGAACAUUGUUGUUUUCUAAACAUUGUUGUUGUAUUUCAUUAAAAAGGAGAAAAUAAAAACUGGAAUUAAAUACAUAUCCCUGGUUAAAUUAUGAUAUUAGAAAUACAUUUCAGCAUUAUUUAGUACAGUUGUGCAACUAUAAUAAACUAAGUGUAUAAUUUCUCAAAGCUAAGUAAGAUUUUUGUGUGAAGGCAGAAUUCCUCUCUUGUAUUGAAUCUUUUAAAACUAUAAAAAAUGCCAUCGCUAAUAUUUGUCAGUGUCAAACAUAUCUGUUGCAAAAGUGGUCAUGUUAUAUGUAAACCCUCAUCACACAAAUUAGACGGCCAUCCGCUUAAACGAUUGGACAUGAGCCCCAAGCCGUAAGUUAGCCUUCGUCAUGAAUCUACAAUGAGCGACUGUUGAAUAAACAUGAGGAGGCGUAUAUAGCCCAACGCCGGCUCCGGCCACGGGUAGUUCAGCAGAGGGCUGAGAGGGAGCAUGUGAGGUGAGGGGAGGGGGAGUGUGUGAGAGACAGAGGGGUGAGACGGCCACAAGCUGGGAGACUACAGCCUUGUCAGUCAAACAGAGAGAGGAUCAUUCCAAAAGGAGGAGGAGGAAGAUAUCUCCACUGCCCGAGCGGCCGCAGGGGGAGCCUGCACGGUGUGUCCUCCUCCACCAUGGGAUGCGGUCUCUGCACCCUGCAGAAGCCGGAGGAACAUUAUAAACUCCUCUAUGAAGUCUGCCAGGUCAAUGGCAGAGACCUCUCAAAAGCGACCCACGACCAAGCAGUGGAGGCUUUCCGUACAGCCAACGAUCCCAUUAUGGUCCAAGUUCUGCGCCGAGCCCCUCUACCCAAACUGGUCUCUUCCCCCACCGCUGACAACCACCUGUCAGAUAUCAGCACCCAGACUGAAAUCACCCUUCAACACAUUAUGCCGCUUGCCAAUUUGCCAGCAGCUUCAUCGCCCGGGACUGUGCUCCAAGGGUACCUCCUUACUGAGGAGCGUCCUUCUGGCCAUGAGUACUUUGACCCUAAUGAGUUCCUGGAUGGGAUUAAAUACGACAUAGAACGCGAAGAGUUAGAAUAUGAGGAGGUGGAUCUAUACAGAGCCAACAUUCAAGACAAGCUAGGCUUGACCAUUUGUUACAGGACUGACGAUGAGGAUGAAGCUGGGAUCUACAUUAGUGAGAUUGAUCCAAACAGCAUUGCCGCUCAAGAUGGCAGAAUUCGAGAAGGUGACAAAAUCGUCCAGAUCAAUGGCAUCGAGAUCCAAAACCGUGAAGAUGCAGUCGUGCUUCUGACCAGUGAAGGCAACCAGAAUAUAUCUCUAUUAGUUGCCAGACCACAGAUCCAGCUGGAUGAGGGCUGGCUGGAUGACGACAGGAAUGACUUCCUGGAUGAGCUCCACAUGGACAUGCUGGAGCAGCAGCACCAUCAGGCCAUGCAGUUCACUGCCAGCAUGCUGCAGCAGAAGAAGCAUGAGGAAGAUGGCGGCACCACUGACACAGCCACACUUCUCUCCAAUCACCACGAAAAGGACAGCGGAGUCGGCCGUACCGACGAGAGCACACGCAACGAUGAGAGUUCCGAGCAGGAGAACAUGGCUGACGACCACACAACAGCAUCCAACACUCUGAGCAGCUGCCGGAAGCUCGCCUACAGCCAGGACACCCUUGGCAGCGCCGACCUGCCUUUCAGCGGCGAGUCGUUCAUCUCAGCAGACUACGCCGACACCGACUUUCUCGGUAUCCCCGCGGAUGAAUGCGAGCGCUUCCGAGAACUCCUAGAGCUCAAGUGCCAAAUGAGGAAUGGAGGAAUCCAGGGCUUGUAUAGCCAAGGUGGCGGGGCAGAAGGCCAAGACCAAGAGGUGGUGGACAAAGAGCUGGAGCUACUCAAUGAGGAGCUGCGUAACAUCGAGCUAGAGUGCCUUAAUAUCGUCCGUGCCCACAAGAUGCAGCAGCUUCGGGAGCAGUGUCGCGAAUCCUGGAUGCUCCACAACAGCGGUUUCCGGAACUACAACACGAGCAUAGACGCACGGCGCCAUGAGCUCUCGGACAUUACGGAGAUGCCGGAGAAAUCUGACAAAGACAGCUCCAGUGCCUACAAUACCGGCGAGAGCUGCCGCAGCACCCCUCUUACGUUGGAGUUGUCGCCAGACAACUCUCUGCGUCGUGGGCCCGAGAACCAAGCUGGGCCGUCGAGCUCCAACGGUAGCGCGCCCAAAUCUCUCGCCGCCCCUCUCCAAGAGGUCUGUAGCCCCGGCAGGAGCAAAGCCCUUUCCAAGGAUCCGGAUUCCUUCCAGGUAGAAAGCAAGGAGAGGAAAGUAGGAGAGGCCAGCAAACCGGCGAGGAGCUUUGCUCAGCCACGUUCUCCUUACAAGCACGCACACAUCCCCGCCCACGCCCAGCACUACCAGAGCUACAUGCAGCUGAUCCAGCAGAAAUCCGCCGUGGAGUACGCCCAAAGUCAGAUGAGCCUGGUCAGUAUGUGUCGAGACGCGGGUGACCCGGGCAACAAGAUGGAGUGGAAGGUCAAGGUGCGUAGCGACGGUAGCCGCUACAUCACCAAGCGGCCCAUUCGGGACAAGCUGCUGCGGGAGCGCGCCCUGCGCAUCCACGAGGAGCGCAGCGGUAUGACCACGGAUGACGACGCCAUCAGCGAGUUGAAGAUGGGCCGCUACUGGAGCAAGGAAGAGAGGAAGCAACACGCCGUCCGUUCCAAGGAGCAGAGGCAACGUCGCGAGUUCAUGAAGCAAAGCCGAGCUGAUUGCCUGAAGGAGCAGGUUGCCCCGGAGGACAAGAAGGAGCCCAACAUUAUCGAACUGAGCAACAAAAAGAUGAUGAAAAAGAGAAAUAAGAAAAUAUUUGACAACUGGAUGACCAUCCAGGAACUGCUGACCCACGGUACCAAAUCACCAGACGGCACCAAAGUUUACACCUCGCUCUUGUCCGUGACCACAGUCUAAAUUGUGCAGAGGGGGGGGGGAAUGGGACUAAGACAGCGCUUCCCGUUUCGGUCCAUGUGGCAAGUUGUUGUAAAUAGCCGAAAAGACUUUUGUGGAGAGUUUCCACGGCAUUGCUUCAAUGAUUGGACUAUAUUUGGUUGUGGGCUGGACUGACUUUAAUACCUUUUCUACCAUUGUGCUUGCUCUUUUGAAUAAUCUCGGAAGCAUACUUUUUAUUGAAAGUACAUGUGCCAUUCAUAAACAGCCAGCAUUUACACAAUUUUACAAUAUGUUUUUGUUCUUACUAUACUGUAUAACCUUUAUCAGUGUUCUUCUGCUUUGCAUAGUCUUCUUUUCUGGAACCAAGUGCUUGUUUUUCCUGCAAAGUAUCAAAUCCUUUUUAAAAGGUCUUUUGUAAAUAAAUGUUGGCAGACAAUAUAAUACGUUCUUAUAAUGGUGCUGAUUUUCCAAAGUUAUGACCAUCAGUGACAUCUGUUACAUAUUGUAGAGAUCAUCAUAAUAUUUGUAUGUGCCUAUGUUUAGAAAAAGGCAUUUCAUAUAUUAUUGACUUUGUGUUAUAGUCACUUUUGCUUUUUUUAGGCUUUUAGCUCUUAAAGUCAAUAACAGCUUGAUACAUUCUUAGUUAGCCACAAAAUUUGACAUCCUGUAAAAUGACAGAAAUAAAUUAUUGUUUUAUAUAUGA